UCGCCGCCGCCGCCGCCACCACCACCACCACCACCACCACCAUUCGACGAUGAUCGGAGUCGGGAAGAUCAAGCAGUACUCCAACGUCCUCGACAAGCCUCUCAGCAAGGGCAAGCAAGAGGUCAGUUUGAGUGCUUUUUCUUUCUUGUUCUCGGAGCUUGUUCAGUAUAACCAGACUCAGGUUGACAAUAUCGCAGAGCUAGAGCGCAGGCUGGAGGAUGCAGGCUACUCUGUAGGAGCUCGGGUUUUGGAACUUCUUUGCCAUAGGGAAAAGGGAAAUAGGAGGGAAACCCGUUUGUUGGGUAUUCUAUCUUUUGUACACAGCACGGUGUGGAAGGUUUUAUUUGGCAAGGUGGCUGAUUCACUUGAAAAGGGGACUGAACACGAAGAUGAAUACAUGAUUAGCGAGAAGGAGCUCCUUGUCAACCGGUUUAUAUCUAUCCCUAAAGAUAUGGGGACGUUUAACUGUGGGGCAUUUGUGGCUGGAAUAGUAAGGGGUGUUCUGGAUAGUGCUGGAUUUCCAGCUGUCGUAACUGCACACUUUGUUCCUGUCGACGGGCAACAAAGACCCCGGACUACAAUCUUGAUAAAGUUUGCAGAAGAGGUACUUAGGAGAGAAGCAAGACUGGGUUGAGUUCCUUGCACAUUCCUGCGUUACUUUCAUCAACUUUGAUUCGAUUCAUAUGGUCACGAUGGAGAAUUUGGCUGCUGCAAAGUAGUUUUCACUUGCCGGACACACUGUCAUUUCCAAUAUACCCUGUUUCCAGCUUGACUUAUGAGCGAGCAUGAGAUCUAGAGUAAUGAGUAAUGGUGCUCUUAUCCCAGACACGAUCAUUUGAAUUAUAGCGUUCCAGUUCAUGUUGUUGCUCCAAAAUGGGAUUGGGUAAAUGCUCGAGCGAUAUUGGUGACGAUAUAGACACAGCUCUUGUAUUUGGCUGUUAGCGCUGACAGCGAACUAUCUGUAACGAUACGUCGAAGCUGACUAUUGUAUUUCAAUCGAAUUUUUGUAUGUUUGCCUUGCACGA